AUGGGAAGGAAGUUCACAAGAAGCUACGGACGCGCAGGCCCUCCCCCAACGACACGCUGCCCAAUGGGUUUAGCUCAAGUGAAGCAUUACAUGUUCAGACACGCGGGCUCAACCAAACGUUUCCAUGACCACGCACACGCUGGCGCUACUCGUCAGCUUACACGCAGGCAAAACCUUCUCAACACACGUAAAGAUGAAAAUAAUGAGGAUGAAGAUGAGGAUAUGAAUGAGGAUAUGGAUGAAGAUGAGAACAUGGAUGAAGACAUAGAUGAGGAUAUAAAUGAAAAUAAAGAUAUAUGGAUUUCUUUUG